AUGGCUUUGAGUUUGACGAGAAUGGUGGCAGUUGGAGCUGCAUGCAUGUUGAUUUGGGCUCAGAUUGGGCUUUCACAUGUGGGCCUGGGCCAAGCAGAUCCCGGAAAGUGCCUCCAAGCAUUCUACAACACACCAGAGUGUGUGUCUGCAGUCACAGAGGCACUGUUUCAGUUCCAAAGAAGCAGCAAUUUAACACAAGCAUGCUGCAAUGCUGUCACAACGCUUUCCGAUGAUUGCUGGUCGUUCGUGUUUCUGGGAUUUCCUUCAAUUCCCUAUCUCAAAUUUCUUAAAGGCAUUUGUGACUUUCAAAAGGGCAAUGCUAAAACCUGA